AUGGACAUAGUGAACGGGGCGAUAGACAGUGUGAUUGGUUCUUCCAGGAGAGAGGAGUGGACAGCUGUUAACCUCAACGUGGCUGAUGCUACCCUCAUUAUAAGCAACCAACAGGUAACAUACUCACCUUUACCCUCAUUAUCAACCACCAACACUAUAUUCUGUCUCUCUCGCUCUCUCUUUCUCUCUCCCGCUCUCUGAUGACGUCUCAUCCUUUGUGGUGUGUGUGUGUGUGUUUGCGUGCGUCCCUGUGUGUGUGUCUGUCUGUCUGUCUCUCCCUGUGUAUCAGGAGGUGGAGGAGGAGGUGGAGGAGGAGGUGUUGUUUGAGUGCAGGGUGAGGUUCCUGUCCUUCAUGGGGGUAGGGAGGGACAUCCACUGCUUUGCCUUCAUCAUGGACGGAGGAGGACAACGUUAUGAGUGUCAUGUGUUCUGGUGUGAACCCAACGCUGGACAGCUCUCUGAGGCAGUACAGGCUGCUUGCAUGGUGAGUACACUCUAUAAUAUCUAG